CCGGGGCGCACCGACCCGAGCGCUGCGCACCGCUCAGCAGCAUCAGCAGCCUCGCCGCUGCGGCCCCGGGAAGAGGAUUGCGGGCUUCAGGAAGCCCCUGCCCGUCUCUCCCCAGCCAUGGACAGUCCUAGCCUUCGAGAACUUCAACAGCCUCUGCUGGAGGGCACAGCCUAUGACCUCCCGGCCCAGAAGCCUGGCAAACCUGAGCUUGGCUUUCCCUUCCCAGAGUCACUGCGGGGGUGGCACCUCCUCCCUCCACCUCUCCCGUCAGUGAGCGCUGGCCUGGGGGAGCCGGAGCCCGACGACUUAGAGGACACGUCAUCCAGUGACAGUGACUCAGACUGGGAUGCAGGCGACCGUCUGUCCCCACAUCUGCCCCAUGACCACCUCGGCUUGGCAGUCUUCUCUAUGCUUUGCUGUUUCUGGCCUGUGGGCAUCGCAGCCUUCUGUCUGGCCCAGAAGGACCAAGAAAACCCGGACGUGGUCGUGUAUGCCUUUGAUCCCAGCACCCAGAAGGCAGAGAGACCCACCCUAGCUGCAGCUCCGGACCCCACCCUGAAUCCAGAGACUGGCAGUCCAGCGCAUCCCUGGGCAGAGCGGAUGAUCACGGUGACGGUGGAGACCACUGCAGCGUCCAGAAGUCAGAACGAGCGGGAGACCCCUUUCCCUUCCUGGCCAUCCCCCACCACACCAGUGAUGUAAGAGAUUAAACAAGAGACCCCUGCAGCCAAACCCA